UUCUGCUGCGGAAGAGGGAUGCGAAGGAGAUGGCUGAAUUUAGAUAGCCCUGUGUUUGAGAUUAUCUUCACCAUGGACCUUCUCCGGAGGAAAGAGGGCAGCGGAGGACGAGUACUCGUGCUCGCAGUAGUGUUUGGGUGGUGUUUAGGGUCUGUGAGCUGUUUCGGACAAAACCUAGACAGCGAGUUGACGUUUCUGCUGCAAGCCGGAAAGUCCGAGUGUUUCUUUCAGACAGCAAUAAAGAAUGGGACGAUGGAGGUCGAAUAUCAGGUAAUAUCAGGUGCUGGUAUGGAUGUCGACUUCACCAUCAUCUCUCCAGAAGGUGUCCAUCUCAUCUUCGAGUCUCGACGCUCCGACGGAGUCCACGUGGUGGAGCCGACGGUGGAGGGAGACUACGAAAUCUGCUUUGACAACAGCUUCAGUCACUUCUCAGAGAAGAUGGUGUUCUUUGAGAUCAUCAUCGAGGGUCAAGCAGGAGAUGUGACUGGAGAUGAAGAGUGGCCGGGGUUGGAGGAGCCUGAUGGAAGUCUCCUGGAGUACAAGCUGGAUGACAUCAGGGAGUCCAUGGACUCUCUGCACAAACGCUUGGAGCGCAGCCGGCAGAUGCAGACGGUGUUGCGGGCUUUCGAGGCACGGGACCGAAACCUCCUGGAGGACAACCUGUGGAGGGUCUCCUUCUGGUCCUGCGCCAGUGUGCUGGUGAUGCUGUGUGUGGCACUUACCCAGGUCUACACCGUCCGUAAACUGUUCGACGAUAAGCGGAGGGUCUGCUCAUAGAGGGAUUAUUUUGAAGUGAUGAAAAGAGUCCUAUGAAAGAGGACAAUCCAAUACAAGACGUUCAGACUGUCCAAUAUACUGUGUUUCAUUUGGUCUACACGAGGGGGCCGCAUUCAACAUCGAUACAAAUCUUGUUUUUAUAUCAGUUUUGGAGCAAUAAUUCAAUGUUAUCAGAUCAUGAAGGUUAACCAGAGGAGGAAGUUGAUUGUUUUAAUUUAAUGUAGUGCCUUUAAUGUCAAAUGAUUCCACAAACCAAUGAGGAAAUACAUUUGAAAAGGCACAGCCUACAGUACACAGCUGUUUGCGGUGCAUGCUGUCCUAUGCUUCUGAAACUGGUUAAAGGUUUUUGGAAUCUUUUUUUAAAGGUGAUAAUCUUUGCUAAAGGUUAAAGGUAUGUUAAAGGGCCCAUGUCAUGCUUUUCCGGUUAUUACCCGUCCCCUUGUGUGUUAUGAAGGUUUUUAUGCAUGUAAACGGUGUGCAGAGUCACAAACCC